AUGGCAGCACCACUGAUAGCUUUUGCUGAAUUUUUAAAUGAAAGUGCAUUUCGUAGGGAAAGAGUAUUUAAGGACAGACACAAUCCCUUAGAGAAUUUAAAUAACAUUGCUGUGUUUGAACGACUGCGUUUCCAUAGUGAGGACAUAUUAACUUUAGUGGAAAUGUUAAAAGAUGACUUAGAGCCUGCAGCUAACAGAAGCCACAGCAUCCCCGCAGUCAUUCAAGUUUGUGUGGCAGUUCGUUUCUAUGCCACUGGAAGUUUUUUAAAUGUUGUUGGAGACUUCACGGGGAUUCACAAAUCGUCAGCCAGUAGGAUUGUCCACCGCGUAUCUCAGUCGCUGAAAAGAAAACUGAACCACUUCAUUACAUUUUCAACAGACCCGUCCAAAUUGCGGAAACUUAAAGGAAGGUUUUAUGAGGUCGCUGGAUUUCAAAAUGUUGUGGGUGAGGUUGAUGGCACACAUAUUAAAAUUCAGGCUCCAUAUCAGAAUGAGAAUAUAUAUGUCAACAGAAAGGGUUAUCAUUCAAUUAACGUACAAAUAAUUUUGGAUCCUAACCUCCUUAUUAACAACAUUGUAGCGCAGUGGCCAGGCAGCACCCAUGACUCAAGAAUAUUGCUCAACUGUUCAAUCCACACCACUUUUGACAGCGGAAUUGUGCAGGGCUUUCUUCUUGGGGAUAGUGGUUAUGCCUUAAAAACGUGGCUUAUGAUGCCCUAUCUCAACCCUCAAAGUCCUGCACAGGCCAAUUACAAUCAGGCUCAUUCCAAAACAUGGAACACAGUGGAAAGGUGCAUCGGGGUGUGGAAGCGGCGUUUUCACAUCCUACACGGAGAGAUCCGAAUGGCUCCAGAUAGGGUGUGUGCAAUUAUAUGUGCAACAGCAGCACUACACAAUUUUGCAAGACUACGAAAUCUUGGAGACCCUGCAGAUUUCCCUCUCCCUGAUGACUCAGUACCACAGCAGAGUCAAAGGACUCCUGCUGCAGUUCCACUGAGUCAUUAG